AUGACGACGACGAUCUCUCAGCAUGAUUUUGUUGGCGAUGGAGAUUCCGAAACUUCCAUUUCUGUAACUGUUAUUGAGAAUAUGAAGGAAGAGUACGGCUUGUUUGUUUGGCCUUGUAGCGUUAUCCUCGCUGAGUAUGUUUGGCAACACAGAUCUCGAUUCCGCGACUCUACGAUUCUCGAGCUAGGAGCUGGGACUUCAUUGCCUGGUUUAGUAGCUGCAAAAGUUGGGGCUAAUGUAACACUUACGGAUGCUUCAAGUAAAGCAGAGGUUUUGGAGAAUAUGAGAAACGUUUGUGAGCUAAACAAGCUCUGCUGUAAUGUGAUGGGUCUAACUUGGGGAAUGUGGGAUGCAUCGAUAUUUGAUUUGCGGCCUAAUAACAUUAUACUUGGUGCUGAUGUUUUAUAUGAUUCAAGUGCGUUUGAUGAUCUCUUUGCGACCGUCUCGUUUCUGCUCCAAAGCUCUCCAGAUGCAGUUUUCAUCACUACGUAUCAUAACAGGAGUGGGCAUCAUCUAAUCGAGUUCUUGAUGGUGAAAUGGGGUCUAAAGUGCGUUAAAAUUCUCGAUGGCUUCUCAUUCUUGCCACCUCGCAAGGCAUCUGCACUCAGCGGCAACAUUCAAUUGGUUGAAAUCGUAUUGAAUUCAGCUUAUGAAACAAGAUCACAAGAAACCUAA